AUGAAGAGGAUGCAUCUUCUCUGUGACCGCCUUUGGGCCUGGGUUCUCCUUAUGAGCACACUAACUGGACAAAGGUGGGGAAAGAGUUUAUUUUUUAAAAAAAACAUUCAUUAAUAUAAGUAUGGAACUCUUUUUCUAUUGGUUGCAUCAGAAGAAUAAGAAAGAAGCAGCACAUGUACUGGGCUACUACUAAUUGUAUGUGGGGGAAGUUAAUCCUGCUCAAAUCCCAGCUAAGUCAAAAUACGAGAAGAUUGAAAGAAAACUACAGUUUGUUUGCAUAACAUCUUUUAAUGCAAUUGCUCUUCAAAAAAGAGUUCAGCAAGACUACUUUACCCACCCUACGGUUAGAUUAAUGAUUUAAAUGCAGCUAAAAUUAGAUAGGCCUUUGCACAGAUAAUUUUUGCAACCAUUUAUUCUGCGCAGAAGGGAAACCACAGCUUUGUUUUAGCAAUUUAUACAGAGAUUUCUCCAUUGUCUGUUUUCACUGAAAUUAGCAGGACUGCAGACUCUAGGACUGGACCUUACUUGUUAAGUAGUUGCUCUAUAAUACUGAGUUUGAGCCCAUCUCCACUUUCUGGAAGUGAGUUCCAUUGAACUCAAUAGGAUUAACUUCUGAGUAGAGGUUCAUAGGUUUGUGCUGCCAAAAUGCAUUGGGUUUAAAAAAUGUGAACAAUUGUGCCUAAAUAUUGUAGUUGUGGAUUUGAAAUUUUGGGUAUGGUUUGACACCAUGCAUGAGAAGGAUGCAAGCUAACUGCAUGAUUAGACACGGGAAAUGCAUUAUUGGUCACUAACAUCAAUAGAAUGUGAAAUACACUUCAAACAUACUGAAUGGGGGAUGGGGAGAAUUCUUAGACUUUGAAAUGUACAUAUAAGAAUCACCUCUAUCAAUAAUGCAUAUACUGAAUAUAUCAUUGGAAAUAUGUUUUCAUUCUGGAUAACGAAUUACAGGUACAGAAUUAUUCCCCAUAACUCCCUUCCCUUUAUUCAGCAGCAUUAUAUAAAUCAUUCUCAGAUAACGGUGUAAAUGUGUGUUUGUGUAAUGAGUUGGGGGCAGAGGAUUUUCAAAUUUAGCUUCAGCAUUUAUUCUAAAAGAACAGGACAAUAAAAUAAAUAUAGAAGCAAAAGAUGUGUACAGCUCUAUUUCGCACAGCUGAUGAGUGACGAAGGAACAAAAACACUGGUUUCCUAAAGGAAAGGGGAACAGGAGAACUUUGACCCGUGGAUAUCUUCCUCUGUUUUGUCAUUUUCUCUUUGUCAUGUGCUGAUGUGUAUGUUUCACUGGAAUUGUGGAUUUGGAAUUGGGAAUCAAGAUGCAUUUGCCUGCUUUUGAAAAUUUUUAUGAGGUGUCACUAUUAUAAUGACCUGUAGAUGGAGUCAGUGCACAGUGUUUUAUUAUACAGUUGUUUAGUAUGGAACCACAAACACAGUCACUGACAUUUUCCUUCAAGAUGUUCAAAAUACACUGAACGCCCCCCCCCCUUAAUUUCAUAGAUAAAAUCCUUGCACAGGUUUGUCUUAUGGCUGUUUAGAGAUCAAUAACACAAAGAGGGCCAGCCAAAUGGAAGGCAGGGUCACAAAUUUGUAAUCCAACAGUUGUAUUUAUAAAUGGCAUUGCCAAUGCUUGUGAGAGGUUGGGCUUUUUUUUAAAAAAAAAGAAGAAGAAGGACUGGUGGAUUGUGUCAAAGAGAAAUGGUAGGAAACACUGGAAAUUUCACAUUUCUAAUGUUUCGUUUUAUGAUGGUGGAGAAAGGGGCUUGUGUUCGCAUUAUAUAGAGGCCUAUUCAGAAGGAGACAUCUGCUCAGCGGAGUGUUUAUCUGAAAAAAAUAGCAAGACUUCUAAGUUGAUGUCUUUAAAAGCAUCACGUUCAGGAAAUAGGCAUUAUCAAUUGUAUCUUCACAAUGUUGCCAGUAGUAUGUCACUUUGAUCUUUAUCUCUCAUAAACAUAUGCAUGCAUUUAUCAGUACAUUUUCAAUGAUGAACAAAUUCUAGAAUAUAAUUAAGCAUACUAAGGCUGCAGUUCUAUACCCAAUUUCCUGGGAGGGUGGUCCACUGAACUCAAUAGGACCCGUUUCUGAACGGACAUAUAUAGGGCUGUGUAGUAAAGCACACCAACUGGAUUGCCCAUUGAAAUUAAUGUUGCUUAAGCUGAUCACUGUUCACAUAAACCCCAUUGGUUUCAAUGGGACAUAACAAGGCCUUUACAUUUUGGAUUUUGCCCAUUGCUCUUACCCACCUUCAUCCUGAGAUAGGCACUGAAGAGCAGCUUGGUUCCUAAGAGUCAUGUCCAUCUGGUCUUUCUUCAGAGAAUUGUGUUGGCAUUUAGAUUAAUGGCACGUGACCAGGAGAAACACACUGAAGAUCAUGCUGAUUAUGGAAAAUGUUGUACAAUAAUUAGGCAUCAGGACACUUCUUGCUUCCACUUCCAAGGAAAAAAUGGGCCACUGCAUUUCUGCAGGAGUUUGACCACAUUGUACUUGAAAGGCUUUGGUACGUCUGAAAACCACAUGGCAAACACGUGUCAGGAAGUCUUUACCAGAUACAGCUCUUGGGGACGUGUUUAUAUUGUGUCUCCAAAAGUGCAAAUGACCUUCAGAUGCUACAGAAAAGAUGCAGUUAGCGUAUGAAGGCAAUGCAGAGACCCGUCUUAUCUGGAAUGUGGCAGGUGGCCCUUAACAAACUAUAUAGGGUAGUACUGUACACUCUUAUUCCUUACGAGUAGCAAAAAAAGAAAAGCAAUGAAAAUUCCCCCCCUCUGAUGUUUAAAAAUAAUAACAGGGAAUUUAAUAAACAUCCAUCAGUUUGCAAAGGUGUACUUAGGAUAGGAAUUAUAUUACACCUCUAGUGAGCUGAUUAUGUACUUUGUGGUUUUAUAUUCUGAUUUUAUCCUAUGAACUGCCCUGAGACUUGCGGGUAUAGGGCAGUAUAUUCUAACAGCAGCAGCAGCAACAACAACAGCAACAUUUCUCAUACAGAAUCAAAUUAAUUGUAAUUAAACACACUCUGUGUUUGUUUAUGUGCAUUUUUAACUGGUAGUUUGAAGGAACACUGUUUCAAUUUGAAAUCUUUUAUUGGGGGCGGGGGGGGGGAGCUAUAGCUGAGUUUUCCCGCUCAUAAAAAGGUACUACAAACUAGCUCUUUUCCAUAUUUCUGCUUGUUAGUUGUACAAAAAUCUCAUAUUCACAUUUAGGAAGAGUAACACUAGCUUAAUAUUGCAUAUCGCCCACCUCAAUGACAGUUUAUGGGAAAAGAUGAUCAGUAUAAUUGUACCUUAUAAAACAUUUAUCCCCUUUGUUAACAUUCAUGAAGAGGUACGGUCCAGAGGACUUUUUGGAGCAAAUACUUUUGUUCAUUACCUCACAUCAGAUACCCAAAGAAGGCUGAUUCAGUAAUAAUGUAUGUGACAAAGUGAUCAAGAGGAAAGUAGCUUGGGGUUCAAGGGCUAAGUCCUGCUGAGUUUACACUGGCAAAUGGCCCACUUUGCAAAUAGGAUCUUUCCCAGUUAAAGGGCAGAAGAAGGACUCCAAGAUUUGGCUCUUAGACAACCAUGAUAGAUGAUUAGGAGAAAACAGUAUGGCUUGUACUUGAAAGUGCAGAAAGGGGAGCACUUUCUUAAUGACAAGAACUUCAGGUGUUUGAAGAAGAGGACAGAACUUAGCUCGUGGCCGUGGCAAAUCCAUGGAAACCAACUGCUACCAGCAUUUAUAUAUAUCAAAACUGCAUUCUGGUAAAAAGGGAGCUGUACUACCAUGCUAACACAUUAGCUUUCCAGUUGAUAUUUGUAGCUAAUUUCAGCAGCUGGAUCUAAAGACCUGCUGCAUGAACCAUAAAGCCAUAUCCCUGCAAUUGCCAGGAUGCCUGAAUAGCUCUGCUGUCAGGUAUAUUGGAUGCAGAUGUUUAUUUAUCAUUUGGGCAGGAGGUAUGAAAUCUAGGAGAGAGAAGGGGAAACGUCCCUGCUAUCUCAAAAUGUAAUUUCCUGUUUGCUAAGCAACGAUUUAGGUAUGCCUCCAGGUUUAUUUUCCUAAAACAAAAGCAAAGACGUCAAGAAAAUUUAGAAGGUGUAAAUGGGUUUGCAUUUUAAUACAGAAAAAAUAGAAAUGACUACACCUUUUAUGAUGGUGCCAACCAGUUUACCGGGAUGCAAACAAGGCUGUGCUACAUGGAGAUAUCAUUGGCCGCAAUUCGAAACAUACUUUGUUGAAACCACUGCCACGUAUUUAUCAGGGAAAAUGUUUAGUAACGGGUUGUUGAUUAUUAGCUCCCAGUGCAAUCCAUACCAAGUCUACUCACAAGGAAGCACCAUUGAGUACAAUGGUGCUGAAUCCCAGAUUAGUGGGGUUAGGAUUGCAGUUUACUUCUGUUAGCAUAUUUAGAUGAUUUAUGGGUACUUCUUUUAAGGUAAGCUUUCAUAAACUGAUUUUUGGGGGGAGGGGAUUUAAGGAAAACAUACUAUUUUACACUCAUAAAUCUGUAGACUGGAAAGUAGAAAUAAUGCAUAAAACAGCAUAAAAAAUAAAGGAUCAGUUGAUACCAAUUGGAGUCUCCCUGUACUUUUAUAUACUGAAGCAUACAGUAUAUAGCCAAAGCUGCUGCUGCACCAACACCAUUGCACAAAAGAGAAGUAAUGGCAAACUUUGGGCAACCGUGAGGUUCCGCGGGUACUAAAUUUUUGCAGGACACCCCCCCCCCCAGCCAGGAACUAAAGAUUGAGUUACUGCAUGAGAGAGAGGAAUAGACAGUUGAGCGAGUGAGCAAGGGAAUAUGUCUAUAUCUGUAUCUUCCUGGUUCAAACUGAGAAGUUAUUUUAAAAUGUCUCCAGGGAUGGAAGAGAGAGCUUUAAUGUCAUAGACAUUAAAGAGAAAUUAAAGAAUGUAAUAUAACAGGGAUCAGGCACAAAUGUGUGAGCCUGUCCUUCCCCCCAUGCUCAGUGGUGGUGAGUUGGUGAGUUACUAUUGCAGGGCAGAGGGAAGAGGGAAACUGUCGCAGUGGGAGGUCAAUGAAUGGAAUAAAGGGUCUGAAACCUUGAACAGAAGCCCCCCACAUCACAACAUUUUGUUGUAGGGCCUCUUUUGUCUCAUUUAUUAUCCAUUUCUAGGCAUCCCUGUGCAUUGCUCUAAGCUGUCCAAUGACUAUGCAUUCUUUAAAAAGAAAGCAUGCAGGAGAAAGUAUCCUAUAAUGCUACUACAAUCUGGCAUGAUGGAAGAGAUUUUGCAUCUAUAAAUCAGUAUAAGCAAGAUUAAGCAGAUUUCAGAAUUAUGAUUUUGUAGGUUUGUUGGUGGAUUAAUGGUUUAUAAUGUUAACAGCAGUGUUUUCCUCCCUAGCUAUGGACAGUCAACUUCCUUACAAGAUGAAAUUAAGGACAACACAACAAUAUUCACUCGAAUUCUGGACCGCUUGCUUGAUGGUUACGAUAACCGCCUGAGACCCGGAUUGGGAGGUGUGUGUUAUUGUACUUUCUCGAUUGACUUUACGAACAAAAUUGCCUAAAAUGAUUGUUCCUUUUGCUCUUUGAAAAUGUAAUCAUAUUACCUUAUAUGUUUGUAAACUGAUAAAAUUAACAAAGAGGUAUUGAAAACUGAUCUAUCCAACAGCAUUCCCUUGCUAAAUCCUCUCUUGUUGUCAUAUAAACUCUUCUUAAUAUGCGGCCAAAUUCCAUGAUCCAAAAGAUGAAAAAUGUCCGUUCCCCCUCCCCACCCCCGGAUACUCUCAUAACAUUGAUUAAGGUCACAAAUCUAGGCACAUUUACUUAAGAGCAAAUCCCAUUGAAUAUAAUGGGAUUCACUUCUGGGUAAGCAUCCAUUGGGUUGGGCAGUAAAUAUCUGAACCCAAGUAAAUGAAAGUCUCAUCUUCCAUGACUGAUGCUGUAUUAAAUCUUUAAAGACCAAAUCAUUCCCAUUAAAUCAGAUUUAUACUUUGCUCCCAGAUUGAACUCAGUUAGAUUGAAGGUAGCAGUGGUGAUCAUAUUUGUUUGUAAGUAAUUCCCACUAAUGACAAUGGGGCAUACUAUCAUAUAAAUGUGUUUUGUGAUAGAGACGCUAACCCUGUUGGCAGAAGUGGGCCAUAUUGAUUUAAGGACUGGCUGAUCAGUUCUAACAGUUGACUUCAGAGCCAAAAUCAGCCUUUUUACACAAUCCUGAAAAUGUGAAAUAGGAACUGUGACAUAAUUAGGAAAAUAAUCACAUCACAAUUAAAAAAUAUAUAUGGCAAAAUAGAGCAUUUUUAAACUUACCAAUCUCUGCAAACAGAGGAAGUGUGAGUCGACUGUAUUUCUUGUAUUGUUAACAUAUAAUGCUGCUCCAUGAUUUUUUAGAAUGUAUUCAAAAAUAUUUUCUUCUUAAGAGUUCUCCGAUGCUGCAGUCUACCACAAUUUAUGUGGGUGACUGUCCCAAUUUCUACUUCUGAUUGUAGUUCCUCACAUUACAGCAAAGACUGCUCCAGAGAGUCAACAUCCAGGAGCACUCUUUUUGGGUAUGGGUGGGUGUGAACAGGGGGCUACAAGAGGAAGGGGCAGCAUAAGAUGUGCUGGUGACAUGUCUAGGUACUCAAGAUAUAGUACGCUCAGUGUUGUUCCUAAUGGUUUUUUAUUUGAUGCAUCAACUUGUAUCUAAUAUUUGUCAAAUAACUUUCAAAAUCUUAUGAACUUCUAAGGACACGACCAUUAAGAUAAUUACCGGGAUCCAAAGAACACAUGUGUGUGGAUGUGUCAGAGAACUGAGCAGAGCUUUGACUUCUAUUUCUCCUUCAGGAGUCCUUGCUGUCAUAGAGACAAUGGCUUAGAUCCAUAACCAAAAAUGAAAACCCACUCAUAGGGCUCUACCUCUGGAGGAAGGAUGGGAGGCAAUUUUUGCUGACUCCUCUUUUCUCCUGAAGACUCCAUCCCAUGCCCUCUGAGAAGCUGCUCUGGAGGGUUAGAUCCUCUCUAGAACAGUAUGGGAAGCAGAGUGGGGGGUGGGUUUGCAGAGGGAAUCAGCAGAACUACUCCCCCUUGUUUCAUCCAGCGGGAGCCUCUGCUGAGUCUCAGCCCCUUUGUACGGAAACAGAAGGAAACCUUGUAUUCAUGCAAAGGAUGUCUGGAUUCAACCUGGCAUGUUAGCUUGAAUCAGAUGGUACCUUGCCUCUUCAGCAGCUGGAAUUGCUGCAGCAAAAACAGAAAGCUAAAAGAAAAAAGAAAAAUCAGCUGUAUGUAUAGUUCUCUCAUCUGUGCACAUAUCAUUUCUUUUGAUCCCAAACCAUCUACUAAGCAUAAAGUGAUGAAAAAAUGUUCAGCUAUCAGGUAUGUACGUUGCAUAGAAAAUGGAAUGUUUUUCCACUUGUCAUAUUUAAUUUCAACAACCCUCAAAGAAGCAUUCAUUUGCCACACACAAAACACAAACAUGCACAAUCUAUCAUCUAACCAGCUAUUCAGUGCCUCCCCCACUCCCCACCCCGGUUAUCUGUUAUCUGUUACUUUUAUCAGAUUCCCCUGUAGAUGCUGAAUAAAGUCUUUAUUAUAAUGGCAUUGAAUUUAGCAAUGAUUGUCUUUAAACUUUGGCUUUGUUGAGUAUAUAUUGUUCAUAGAUUAUGAAGAACUGAAGAAAAUAAUGGAUUGUUCUGCACUGAGGACGUUGAAUUUAAUUUUGGAAUAUAUAUAUAUAUAUAUAUAUAUAUAUAUAUAUAUAUAUAUAUAAAUGAGGAAUCAUUCUGCUUGCUUCCUGUGCUGCUAUUUCCUCUGCUUUCAUGUAAACUCAAGGAUUAGCCCAGAAAUAAAUAUUUCUUGAUCCUUGAUUAAUACAAUAGUAGGUUUUAGUCAACCGUAAUGGUUCUCGCCGAACAUACUAUACAAGUAAAGCUGGAUGGAUCUCAUUUAAGAAUAAUACAUGAAUUAGUGGUAGUGCCUUUUCUGAUUAGGCAAAGGGAUAAUUUGAUGCAAUUUAAAUCAAUUAUUAAAAAUGAUUCAGGGGUAUUCAAGCUGCUGUGAGUGGGGAUUAAAGGGAGGCUUGGGAAUGCCACCCAUAACCUGUGAAUUGGACGGAAGCAGGAUGAAUGCAGGUAGAUUAUCUAUGCAGUGCCAGUCGCUAGUUGCAUCUCCUUUAUUCUGAAAUACUUUCUGCAUUAAAGAGCCUUUUUUCUUCUGACCACCUCUUCCCCCCCACACCAAGACACAAGGUUUAACUCUUGCAUAUAGCCAAGAGACCAAGAGAAAAAGAACUAAUUAGAUUUUGAAAAUUGAUUUCAUUCUUGAUCACGUAUAAUCACGACAAGCCAUAGCACAGAUCAGCGGCCCCAUUUUCAACAUCUGCAUUGGCAUAGCCUACAACAGUGGUAGUUUGCAGUAGUGUGUUAACAUGGCCCUUAACUAUGUCCCCAGUGUGAACUCGUUUCUUUUCUGAUAGAGAAAGUUCUGGGAUUUGUCAAUAAAACAUUUGAAUCAAGUCAUCAAGCAUGUAACGUUGAGAAACAGCACAUUUUACUGGUGCCUGUCUAAUAAAACUGUUACUACCGAUUCAAAGGAACGGCUUCUAAAAAAGUAUUAUCUAUAAAACCCAGGAACUCUGUGGUAUGGAAGACAUUUUCAGGGCCUGUGUGUACAUUGCGACCACAUCACUGGCUGUACUAUAGCCAUUGGGUUGGUAGCCAUUAACAGCUAAAAAAACUGUUGCAGUGCAACUGGUGAGAGUCACCUGUGCCUUGUAGGAUAUCUGACAAAGGUGCAAUCUUUAAAACAGCAUUAUUUAUGUGGAUAAAGAUAAAAUAACAUAAAAUCAUGACUUUAACCACAUUUUCAAAAUGAUACAGAGCCUGGAGAUGUCUACGGCCACAAUCUAAGCUCAUUGCAGACAACACCCAGGACCGUUUGGGUCUGCCCCCAAACUGAUGUGUUUGGGUGGGGGGUUGGGAGGGGAGCUGGAUCCCCCAGAUCUGAAGUUUGCAGAGUUCUCUGACACCCCUAUCGUUUAGGUUUCUCAAAAUCAGGUAGCUGCAGGUGCUGCAUCCUUUGGCAGGAAGACACACACGAUGAACAAACAUUCUUAUCCCUUCUCUUGGCAGCAUGGCUUCUGAAGAUUGCAGUAUAAAUAUAUUCUAUUCCCGUUUUCCUUGGCCAGCAUGAGAUGGAGAUGGGUUAGUCAAGGCUCUAUAGAGUUUCAAAUAUAUAGCUCUAUAUAUGUGUGGGGUUUUUUUGGAAGACAAUUCCUAUUACAGGUGCAAUGAUACACUCAGUGGAGUUUUGACCCUUGAUCCAAUUCAAAUUCUAUUUUCAUACGGAACUGAAUUUGUAUGCUCUUGUUCAAGUAGAAUCCAGCAGUUUGGAUAGCUAGGUCCAAUAAUUAUCUUUUAGGCAACCAAGCCCCCCCCCAACCUUUUAAGUAAACAGCAUGUAUUUGUAGAUUAGAAUGAACACCUUCCAUCUCUGAGUUAUUAUUUAUCCUUAAACAAGUGCUCCAAAAUAGAAAACUUAAAUAGCUCAAGUAAAGAUUGAGGAGAUAGGAUGAAGAUUAGAUUCUUUGGCAAGACCAACUCACCACUGUGCAACAGCUUUAUUUUUAAACAGAGAUAAUGGCACUUAUUGACAUUUAGAUUAGUGGCAUAAGUAACAGUAUAUCACUUGUAUCGAUUGAUUGUCCAUCAAUUAAAGAUGGUAAGGAAGUUAUCCUGAGAUGUUUAGCAGAACACAGACCUAUGUCAACUAGUAUGCUAAUGGGUAAAAGUGAUACCAUUAUUGCAUUUCACCUUCCAACAUCCAGAUGCCUUCAAAGUGCCAGAGAAACAUCCAACCAUAAUGUCCUGAAGCUAUAUAUUUGUACGAGUGCGUCUUUCAGCUAUGAUGUUUGCAAAAUCCCUGCAGUAAAUAAAGCAUCAUAUUUUAUGCCGCAGUACUACUAAUAGUUAAUUCACCUUACUCAAAGUAAGCCAGUGCUACAAGUCUUAACAUCUGGUUGGAGCCUUGGUCACUGGAAAGCAUUCCAACCAGGUCUACAAACCCUCACGCAAAUAAAUCCAACAAGAAUUGUUAAGCUCAUGCAUUUCAAUGGGUGGCUAUUCAUCUUUAGUCACACAAGAAACUAUGAAUCUUCCACUGUAUCCAGUGAUGUUAGUAUAAUAAUGUCGAAGCAGCUAGACUAGCCUGUUCCCACCUGAUCAUGUUUUAUUCUUCCUUUUUACGGUUCAUACGGGACAUAUAUUGGCUUCAUAUAUUAGAUCAACUAAAACGCUUUGGUUGUUGAUUCUAUGUAGUUGGUCAUUAUUUUAAAAUAAUAUGUUCUAGUUGUUUUCUACAUCCCAAAAGAGACUGUGAUGUCUUCCCCUGCCCUGAGUGUUUCCCUUAUGAAUUGAGAGUGAUGGCCCAUUUGUUGACUCCAACAUCCUGCCCUCAAAUCACUGUGAUUGGAGCACACUGGGGGGGAAACUUGCUGUGAUUAAAACCUAGACCUGUCCAUCCUAAAAAAAGGCCCCCACCUUUGCAUUUCUCCUUUGCACCCCCUUCCCUUUCAAGCUUUGGGCAUUUCCCUAGUCAGCUUGGUUUUGCUUCUCAGAAAAGGGUGGCAGCAGUCGUGCAUUUAACUUUAUGGAGAAAUUAAUGCAACAGAGCUGCUUGCAAGGUUGGACAGCCCCCUAUUAGCCUUUAACACAUGCUUGUUAAUAGAGUGAUUCAACUGGGGGGGGGGGAGGUAAUGUGAACGACUAUCCUAAAUCACCCUGAUUUACCUCAUUAUUCAGGGUACACAUAGAGCUGAGGCACAAUCCUACUCUGUUUACAAACUUGUGAGCCGAAAAUGGGCAAAUGCUCCAGUUAUACCUCUGCUAACACACACACACACACACACACACACACACUUCUGAGUAUUUUGAAAAAGUAGGCCUUUUAUGUUAGAAUUUCUGUUAACUCCUUUCUUUAUGGCUUACAUUGAGUGCUGAAGACCUUAGCCCACAACCUCUUAGUUCCCUUGCCCCCCAAUGCAUUUUUGAGGAUGAAAUGAAAACAGAACAGAAUUGCACUCCCUCUGUCCUUUUCAUAAAGGUCAUCCACAAGGACGCCUGAGGCGGCUUUGAGUCCAGGUUGGCACCAGGUUUUGUAGUCCAAAGGAACACAAUUCCAUCUAGAUGGUGGGUGUAAACGCUCAAACUAAUAAUGGUAAAAGAAGAGAUGGUUAUCUUUCAUUGUGAAGUAAUACCCCAAGUCUGUGAGUCACUUGCUCUAAAGUGUCCUAUGUAAGAAUGAGUCAUUAUUUUUGGAGCAUGUAACAAAGCACAGCUGAAUCAUCUAAUUGCAAAAGUGGUAAACAAGCACAUGCAUGUCUUUUUAAAAAACACGAAUCUAUGAAAGGGCAGUUCCCUUCUCAGCGUGCAGAAAUUAACAUCAUCAUCAUCAUCAUCAUUAUUUAAAAAACCCCCACAGAAUCUACUCAGAGAAAUCUAGUUAUUCGGGUAGAGUUUCACAAAAAAAAAUAUGUCACGUAACAUGACUGAUGACAUAAAUGAUGCAAUUUGGGACGAGAGGACUCUGGGUAAGGUCAGAACACGACAUAUUGUAAUUGCUUUGGGCUUUUUGCAUGGUCAUAGCUGCUGAAAAGCACUGAGCACCAGCACUCAUUCAUCUUUUACCUAGGCCAGGUUAGCCAAAGUGGUGGCCUCUAAAUAUUGUGGAUAUCAGCUACCAUCAGCCCCAACCAAUAUAUGGCCAAUGGCAAGGAAUGGUGUAAGUUGUUAUCCAACACCUGGAGGGCAUCAUGUUUGUUUAUCCUGACAUUGAUCAUCAUUCAAAAUCACUUGGGGAAGUCAGGCACUCUGAGCACACAUAUUAAAAUAUAGGAAUUUAAGCUAAUUUAAUUGCAUUGAAUUCAAUAGGACCUGCCAGUUAAGCCUAUGAGAUGCAAUGCUAAGAGGUAUAUAAAGUUUGAGAACUAAACAAAUUGAUAAAAAUAAACCCAGGCAGCCUGUUUCACCGGAAAAGCUACAUCUAUCACAAUCCUAGGAAUGCCUACUCAGAAGUCCCAUUGAGCUCAGUGGGAUUUACUACCAGGAAAUGUAUAUAGGGCUGCAGCCUUCAGGAACCAAGGCAUUAAGCAUUAAGUUAAGCAUUAAGAGGAAUCCUCUCCUCUCCUAUCUGCUCCCUUCACCCUUCUCCAUUUCAGUUCAUCCCAACCCAACACAGAUUUUCCUGGAAAAUAGGUUUUCAGGGUUUGCACUGAACCUAUUUGUGUGUAACAUAUACUGUCCCUUAGUCGACCUAAGGAAAAACAUUAAAUCUAAUUUGCUCUUUUAGAUGAGAACACAGCCUUCAGUUCCCAAGCAGUUUGCUCCACCAAGAAAUGAAGACUCAUUUUUCAAGAUGAAUAUUUCUUUGGGGACCAAGAGUAACCUUACACUUUCAGCGCUUUGAGGUUAAUUCUCACUAUGACCCUCUUUAGGAUUAAGCUCCAACCCAAUUAGGCGUCAAGAAAAUCCGCACCUUUCUCUAAGGCAAUUAAUAUUCUCUUGGAAGCAGGUUUGACUAGGCCACAUCCAUUUUGCUGGAGGACUAAUUAGGAACACUCGCUGUCUAACUGCCUCUUCAAUAUCAUUUGUAUGGUUGUCAGUCCUAAGAGCAGUCAAAAAAUAGCCCUCAAAAGUCACUGUGUGACUAAGCAACCACAGCUGGAAUAAUACAAUAUUAUUCUUUACUUCCCAGGAAAACAUCAGUUGAUAUUGAGCAGAAUGUCCAGAGUGAGAAAUUAACUCUUUAUUGUAAGAGGUACACUUGUAAGUUAGGGGAAGGCAUGUCCUGUAUCUCUCAGCUACUCCUAGGUGUGCACCCUAUGAGGCAACAGAGAGGCCCCACCCCCAACUGCAGUUUAUGUAUCUCCCUUAUUCGAGCUGUGUGCAAUACCUUCUGCUCCUCCAUUUUCAAUUCUCUUCUAGUCCUGGGCAAAAGUGGAACUGGAGAGGUGGGGGCAGGAGGAGGAGGAGGUGUGAAAACCCUUGGCUUUUACACCAGCCUGACCUAUCUGUCUCCUCCACCCGGUACCUGUUCUUUACUCUCCAAUCCUGCAGCUUCUCCUGCCUGUGACUCUUAUCUCCAGGCUGUUACAGGUUCCCCUAGUUCACUGGUCUCUUAUUCCAAGUCAAUCUCCAACCCUGCUUCUCCUGGUGCCCAUUUAUCAGUAUCCAGCCACCACUCCUCAGUGUUCAGCCAGUCCCUGACAUGUGCUCAUUGCUCCUCAUUCUUCUCCUCAAUUCAGAUCAAAACUAGUUGUUGUUGUUUUUGCGGGGAGUGGGAGUGGGAUCCAUCAAUCACAGUAUUUCAAAAGAAACAACAGGAUAGAUAUGGACUGUGGCUAACACCAAAUCUGUGGUGGGAGUGCAGAGUAAAUGGCAGUGUUGAACUCACCUCGAGUCUCACUCGAGGUGGAAGCACAGACCUGCCUAAACCAGCCUGUAACAGUGCACAUGUGUUCACCCAUGGAUUUAUAAAAGAGGAAUGUGUCUGUGGUGGCCACUUAGGUGUCACAAAAAGGACACAUAUUUGAAUAAAAUGUGCAUAUGCUAAUUUAUAUGAAUACACGCACAUUUCAGAGUAAUUACAGUAAUUUAAAUUUAUUUCUUUAUUUUAAAGGCUCAUAGACUGCAAAAAUAAAUGAAGUGCCUAGGCAGUGAAUAGAACACAUCCAUAAAACAAAUAGAAUAGUACUUAUCUGGAUAGUGGUGCACAAUGACAAAAGGAUAUGCAUCAGAAAAGGCCCAUAUAAACAGAAAGUACUUCAUCAGGCAAUCGAAGCAAAAUCAUUGAUGGUGCUUGUGUAUUAUAAAUAGGGAAAGAGUUCCACAACCUAGGUGUCUCAGCAUAGAACACCUCAACAUAGAAAUACAAUCUAUCAUCUCACUGUAGCCAGGAAGGCCAAUCAGGUGCCUGAUCAGUCUGCUGGGGAUGAAAAUAAUUUGUAAGCAACAGCAUACUGAUGGUUUUGUGGAUCUGGGCCAAAAUGACUAAGUUCAUGUUAUGGCCCAAUUUUGAAUAUAGGAAACUACCUUAUAAUGAGUCAGACCUUUGCUCCAUCCAGCUCAGUAUUGUCUGCACUGAUUAGUACGAGUGACCCAGUGUUUCAGAUGGAAGAGGAGAUGCCAAAAAUUGAGACCUUCCGCAAGCAAAGCAUGCUUUCUACCAUUGAGCUAAGCCCCUCCUCCUAUUUCAGAGCUUCUAAAAGUCAAUGCGUUCUUUGUUUGGAUAACAGCUUCUGGUUUGGGAUCUAAUGAAAGCUAUUGAUAAGCACUCACUAUCCUAAUUUCCUGCUUCAUCAGAGCGUGUAACUGCAGUGAAGACCGACAUCUUCGUCACCAGCUUUGGGCCUGUUUCAGACCAUGAUAUGGUAAGUGCCAUCCUACCUUCUCUCAGUUUCGCCCUGUCUGCUUUCUGCUUCUAGACCAGUUUUCCGAGUCUUUCACCUUGACUGAUUUCAGGGCACUUAAAUGUUCACCUCAAGUGCCAUCCCCAGUUUGAUAGUUCAAUUUGUUUGAAAUGUUUGUAGCAGUUUUUCCAAUAUGGGGAAGCAUCAGCAACUGGGAAGGAAGCAUUCCCUGUGAUAAAGCAUGUUACUAUGCAAAUUGAUUACUUGAAGUAUGUGGUGCAGAAUACAUGAUUAAGAGACAUCCAGCGAAUCAGUUUAGGGCAAUGCAGAUGACAGUAAAUUAUGAUAGUAAAUUAUAUCUUGUCUGAUUGUUCAGGCCAUCCUCAGCACAGUUACUGAGGACACAUAUAACACACAUACCUCACCUAAAGAAUGGGUAAUUGAACUGCAGGUUUUUGUGGUUGUCAUUGUUGUAAGGAUGAUGUCAAGCAUGACUACUCAAGUCGUUAAAAGCCUGACCACCCACUUUACUACGUAUAAAGAGGUAAAGUCAAAAUAAAAACCUAUAAUAAAUGCAUUUGUGGGAUUUCAUUAUCCAUUUUGUACCUAAGCAACUUGUGGUAAGCCACAAAGAUGUAGCCUUUUCAAAGAGAUAUUCCCUAACACUGGCUAUUGAUUAGCAAACAUGCCAAAUUAUGACAUAAUUUAAUAAAACUAAAAGGAUUUAAGAGGUCAAAGCAAGACUUUUUCAUACCCUUGAUUGUAGUGGUCUACCGAUUUUUCAGGUAGAUGCGGUUUAUUAUCUGUAAAUCAUAUAAUGGAUAUCUUUUGAAAAAGACAUAUGAAAUGCAAAGUCAAUUUCUUUUGGGAUGGGAGCUGCAAAUACUUUUGCAGAACCAAUUCCAGAAUACUCCCUUCAGGAAUCUUGAAAUAUAUGGGCCAUGAAUAUUAUUGGAAAAGUUCUUUGUGGAGUGACAACCACAAUUGUUAUGACUAUUAUGAUUACUUGGUUUCACAAGAUCAUAGGAAGAACUUUCCUCCAAACCAUGCUCAUCUAAAGCACACACUGGAUGCCCCAUCAGGGCCUAUGUGCAUAGAUCUCAGUUCAAGUGGACUAUACAGUUCCAAUGUCUAGUGCAUUGACCUCAGAUGCACUGAGGAAUGAUGAUGAGUAUAGCCUGAUCACACAUUACUUGUGUGACACUAUGAGCUGAAUCAAGAACAGAGCCACACACCUGGAGCCACUCCGACACUCCAUCCCUGGGCUAGUCUUGUCCCCGAUGACUCUAUAUUGAGUAUUGGUAUCUUACCCAUAGCUGUUUCUUAUCACAGAUCCCUGUGAUCAGUGCAGAUUUUGGGGGCAGAGCUAAUCCAACAGUGAGGGCAGGACUAGGAAAGUGGCCUUAUUCCUGCUUCAUCUCACAAGUGCUUUGCACACAGCUAAUGUUGUGGCAUAGCUAUUGUUCACUUUCAUUAAUGGUCUUCUAUAGUAGUGAGACUGUCCUCCAUUGAGGAUCAGUGUCUCCUGUAACAUGCACCACAGUUAAUGCUUAUUCUAUGAUACUCUCUCUUUACAAUCAAGUCAUCAUAACCUUUUUUAGGGUUGGGAAGAUGAGCACAGGUUCCAUUUUUCUUCUUGAGUUAGUAUGUUACCCCUUAAAAACAGUUUAUGAAAAACAGUUGCAUUUCUAGCUAGAGAAUUGAAACCCCACUGAGGGUACUUUAAAGUUCUCAAAGUAACUGGUGCAUUGGAGGGUUGGUAGAGAACUGAGAAAAUAAUAGUCAUCCUGGUGUCUGCUGCCCAGAGACUGCUAGUUUCAUGUACUUCAUCUACUUGUGGAGGCCUUUUGAACCUAGGCAGCCUCUGAAGAAAUGUUAUACAGACACGUGGUCAUUUUACAGCUGAAUCAGAGAAGGUCUGGCCCUAUACGAUGUCUGAGUGAGAAGCUGCUUAGGAACCAUGUGCAAUCUGCUCUGAUCAGCCUGGAGGAAGAGUGUGUAUGAGUGAAAUAACACAUAUCUGGAGUUUAUCAUUUGAUAAUUUAUUUAUAUAUUCCCAUGGUGCAGAGAAUAUUUUCUGUGAAAGAAGCAGAAAGAAAGUGAGCUCUGUGUUUGUGUCCAGGUUGCAGCACUGUCAUUAUAUUUGGUUGUGGAUAUGAGUGAAUGGCAAUUUGUGGAAGCAGAAUGUGUGUGGCAUAGCAAAUUACCUUUGGGAUGUAUAGGCCUCUAGAUGUUGCUGGACUAUAAUUCCCAUCAUCCCUUACUAUUGGUUAUGCUGGCUGGGGCUGAUGGGAGUUGGAGUCUAACAGCAUCUGGAGAGCCUUAGGUUCUUCACCCCUUAAUUCAAUAAGGCUUACUUCUGAGUAGACAUGUAUAGGACUGUACUGUUUGUUCCAAAGAUCCAAAACCUAUUAUAGCUUCAGGUGAAGAGAAGGAGUUUCCAAGGAAUGAGAGAGCAAGGUCCUGGUCUUCCAUUUUCCCCAUGGGAAUUCCCUGUUGUGGCUGCUGUUGCAUACUUGAAUUUUGAUAUGAAACUUCUAUGAGGAAGUAGUCUCACUGUGGACAGUCUGUAAGGUCUGUCCAUAUUGCGUAUGUAAAGGCCCAGAUGCAGAAGACUGGAUGAGUAACACCCUUUCAAAGUCAGUUUUGGGUUUCAUAUAUUCUUUGCCAGUAUAGCAGAGAGCAUGAUAUAAAAAAAGCUCUGCCUUGUUCUGGAAGCUUCUUCCUAUUCAGUAGUCCUAUUGCCAAACUGUACUAUUUUCAAAACUCCCCAUUGUCCAAUUUUUAGGAAUACACAAUAGAUGUAUUUUUCCGGCAAAGCUGGAGGGAUGAAAGACUGAAGUUCAAAGGACCCAUGCAAGUCCUCCGACUUAAUAAUUUAAUGGCCAGCAAAAUAUGGACACCAGAUACUUUUUUCCACAAUGGAAAGAAAUCAGUAGCUCACAACAUGACUAUGCCUAACAAACUCUUGCGAAUUACGGAAGAUGGGACACUGCUCUAUACAAUGAGGUAAGAACUGUAACAUGGCAUCUUCUCCUUUUAUGAAAAACGUGUUGUAUAAUUUAUCAUUCUUAAUGAACAAGUUAUUUCUAUAUUCCUCUUUUUUUAAAAAAAAAGAAAACCACUUAUUUUAGAAUUCUAGAUCUUGAAAUGAUGUAUACAUUCUGAAAAGGAUACAUUAAGGAUACACUGAACAUAGCUGUUUUCGGUAUCAAUUUUUCUUCUCUUCUGAGCUUCUCUUUUCACUUUAUGACCUUUAAGCUUACUUAAGUUCCACUUAAUUCUUUGGGAUACUGAAAAGGCUUCAUAUUUCACUUUAACAAGUUUGGAGAUUAGGCUCCUACAGUCCAGUCUUAUGGAUGAGCUGUAGCUGCUGCAGCGAAAACAGUCGUUUCCUCCAUGGCAUUAAAGUAGCAUCCUGUACAUGACAAGUAGGGGUUUGUCUCACUUGGCAAGCCAAGCACACUAAUGAGACGGGAAGAAUGGGAUAUUGUUUUGCUCCUUUUACAAGAUCCAGAGCUGAUUUUGCUCUUCAGAAGGAGCAUAGGCAUUUCUGGUCUGCUUGGCAGACCCCAGUAAAAGCUUGUGUUCUGGAACAGAAAAAGAGGAAGAGCAUAAAAGUACAAGGAACUCUUUUACAAAAGGGCUGGGAAUUCUCCUGAAAAUCAGCCUAGUGUAGUGGUUAGAGUGUCUGACUAGGAUGGAGAAGAGCCAGGUUCAAAUCUCCGUUCCUUCAUGAACCUGGAGUUGUUACAUGGGUGGCUACAACCAGGUACAUCAUCUUACGCUCCUUCAAUGAAUGGAGGGGUAUAAAUGUAGUUAAUAAAUGGUAUAUUUCUGACUUUCAGAAAUGUGUACCUUCAGCACUGCUCUGUUCUGAAUGUAAUGAUGACGAGCAAGCCUGAGCAAUAAAAAAAGGAGAAGGAGACCAAGAGAGCUAGCAGAAAUCUAGCUUUGCUAUUGCAUGCUAGACUUGCACAAUGCAACUUCAUUUUUUCCUGCGUAGUCCUACUGAAAUGAGCACUGGAGUAAGGGUGUUGGAGCUGGCCUCGAAAGCAAAAAUAACCGGUGACUACUGAGUUUUAUUUAUUGAUAAACUGAGUAUUCUAUCCACUAUUCUAGUUCAAACGUUGAACCCUUCAGUGUGGCCGGCAGAGCAAACUGAAAACUACAAAGAUCCUAGCAAUAACAUAGCACAAAACAUUACUGCUAUUGAUAAGAAUACUUGCAAGGUGACAAUAGAAGGGUGAGCAGAAGUGAAAAAUGCUUUUUUUAAGCCAAGAGAGCAAGUGUUCUUAAGGAAGCUCAUGCAAAUGAUAAUUUGAUAUACUACAUUAACCAAACUGUGCUGAAAUACAUAUCUUUUAUUAUAAUUUGUAUUAAAGCCACUUUUUGCUCCUAAAUCUAUACUAUUACCUGUGACCCCUUAUAGACUCACAGUGAGAGCAGAAUGUCCAAUGCAUUUAGAAGACUUUCCCAUGGAUGCACAUGCUUGCCCUUUGAAAUUUGGAAGCUGUAAGUUGACUUUAACAAUCAUUCCCCCCCAUCCUUCCUUUCCACAGGCCACUUAACAGUCAGAACAGGAGACUUAAAAGCCUGGAACUGUAUGUGUGUACACACAUUUUCCAAUCACUGCAUUUUUAUUUUUUAAAUGAAGAUUUUCUACAUGAAUAACUGUAAUCCGGUCUGGCAUAGGCCUUAGCCAAAGAAGGAAAUGGCUCCGCUCCAGCCUUAUACAAAGCACUGUGAUAGCACAGCAUAUAGAUAGUUCCUAUUUCUGCUUGACGGCAGCUACAUUUUACGAGGGAAAGAGGAACUUCAGCAAUUUAUACAGAGAAAAUGUGGAUCCUCCAAAUGGGAGCAAUCCUGUUUUAAAUUGAAAAUUAAUGCAAAUAAGUGUUUAAUCCAUUGGUAUACAAGUUCCAUUGAAAGAGCAGGAUGUACUUACAAACAUCAUAUGCAUUUCAGUUGGAUUUUAACUCAUAGAUGUCCCAGUUAAUCAUUCCCAAAAGGAUCAUGGGAAUUGUAAAGGAGUGUUAGGAACCUCACAAAAUACCACAAAGGGUCUGGCUAAUCAUAUAUAGCAAAGAGACUGCUCAGUCUAAUGAAGUGAUGGCCAUUUGAAGUUCACAUGUUGACCUAAAGAUCUAGACAUCAACACAGGCCCUUGCCAAUGCCCACCAAGCAAUGAUUCCCAGUAUUACUAUUUCAUGUCUCUGCCCAAGUCAUUUUGAAAAUAAUUGUGUAGGAUCCCAUGAAGUGAGAGAGACCAUCAGGAGGAAUAUUUUGCAUCAAAUUGCCUCCCAACAUAAUGGAUUCCCAACUUGGGAAAACCGGGUGACUACUACAGAUCUGAAAUAUAGUAGUCACUCCUUCAGCUGCUAUCUUGGGGAAAAGCCAGCUUUUUCCAUACGCGGUGUCAGCUUCUCAUCCAAAAGAUGAGUUUGGGAGUGGUCACAGCUCUGAAUAUAUUCUGCCUGUAGUAUUAGAAGAAGUUCUGUUUACAAACUGACCUUCUUCAGUGCUGGUGAACCCUAUCAUUGCACCAGCAGCAUUAGCACAUUGGGGUGUCAAGAUAAUACAACUUGCUCCAUCAAUUAUAAAUUCUUUUUCCACUAUAAAUGCCGUAUUUUCCUGAUAUUUAGUACCUUGAUCUAUUAUGGAGGUCAGCAUACUAGCUCUAUAAUUUCUCCCUAUUGGGUACUAAAACAGAAUGACUUACUAUGGACUAAAGAGUCUUGCAUUUACCAAGUGUGCAGAAAGGAGUGAUGGAUAGUUUCCAAACUUUGUGCUACCGCGGUUUAAAGCAGGGACUUAUUAGGAAGAUUUCCUUGGGAAUUAAAAAGGUGAAACUUAUUUAAACUACAACAGAAACCUGAUAAGGGAAAAAGAAAGGCAUUGGGGUUCUUGCCAAAUGCUUUAAACUCAGAUAAUUCUACUGCUCAAGCAGUUUCAGGGAUCUAAAUCUAAAAUCUGAAGUGGCUGGAAGCAGACUGGUUUGGGUCUUAAUUGAAAUUGCACAAGUCACCCUGGGGGAUGUACAUGGUAGACAGAAGGCAAAGUAUAAGUGGGUUCAAGAGUGAUGGAGUCAGACAUUUGGACCAAAGUCAGGAUAUUGUGGUAGAUGCUUCCACACCAUCAGUCAGGCAAACGAGAGAGAAAACUCCCCGGCCUUUACUUGUGCUUUUUGGGUUGAUACACUUGGUAAGACUUUCAGAAAUGCGGCAUAUGCCUUCAUAUAAAAUAUUCUUAAAAUACACCUCUCAAUAUUACUGCCAUUUCAUGGUGUGCAUUUGGAUAACAGAAAGAAAAAGUUCGGCAAACUCACUUCUGCCAUGGUCUUCAUUGGAUUGUUGUUGCUGCAAAAUAAAAUAAACUGUUGGGAGAAAAGGCAGUCUUGUUGACAAGAGGGACAGGAAAGCGAAUGAUGUGAUGAGAAACAGAGUAGCCAAUUAUUACUUUUUUGAGCCGUCUUUGGAAAUGACUUUCCCCUCCUCUAAUUAGAUGCUUAUACGAAAUCAGAGGUGAUGUACGAAUGGACACGGGAACCAGCAAGGUCUGUUGUAGUAGCUGAAGAUGGCUCUCGGUUGAAUCAAUAUGAUCUCAUGGGACAAACCGUAGAUUCUGGAAUUGUGCAGUCCAGUACAGGUGGGUGCUAAAUAUGGUCUCUCUCUCUACUAAGCCAGAUCAGCAAGAGUAUUAUUAAUGUCAGGAAUGCUGCAUAAAAUAAUGACAUAUCUCAUGAGAUGUAUUUUUAUAAUUUAUUUUAAAUUUGUCCUCUGCCAUAUGCUCUUCAAAACGCUCUAGUCAGGCCACAAAAGAAUAAAAACAAUACAACUGAAAUUAUUUGGUAGUGGAAAUAGAAAAUAUUUUGCACCACCAGCAAGCAGCAGAAAUCUAACUACCUAAAGCUAUCAAAACUUACACUGAAACUUUUAUUCUUGAUUGGAAUCAUAUGGUAACUCUGCCUGUUUUGGGGUUCAUGUUUUCAUAGAGUGGGGCAGGAUUUAGCCUUUUAAUGAUAUUGCAGGAUGAACACUUUUAGUAAAUAUUUCUGCUUUAUAUCUUUUGAUGUUUGUUUUAAAGACUUUUCUGUGUAUGCUUUUUUUUUACAAUUGUAAGUCAUUUUGAGACAUUUUAUAUAGUGAGCAAUGAAUAAAUGUAAAUAACAACAAUCACAGAAAAAAACACCUCAGAAUCCAUAUCAAAAUAUGGUAGUCUGCGGGGAGGGAGGCCCACAGUAAAGGCAUAACCACCAAAAAUGCCCUGUCUUUUGAGGUACUCAACCUUCCUUCAGACAAAGCCAGCACUGUAAGCAGUGCUCCAACUGAUGACUGAAGUAUAUGGGGAGUUCUGUGGAAUAUUCUGGACAUUUUUUUUUGGUGUUAAAGAACCCAGGCAGCAUACAUGCCCAAGUGACUAACUGUGAUCCAGGACAGUUCUUUUCACAUAAUGUAUAAUUUUACCUAUGACUUUCAUUCCCUGAGUUCCACUCGCAUGUUUCACAUGCAUCUGAGGUGUGGUCUGUUAGGACACUUGAAAGGAUUUUAUGUUGUGGUUCUGAAAUGGUAGAAUAUCCCAUCCCAGAAGGAAGCAGAAAACUUUCUUUUGUUUCGGGAGGCAUUUUGACAAACCACCCGUCUUGAUUUUACUUGCUGCUCUCUUUGGGGUUUUCUUAAAUUGUUAUUUUUGAAAUGUUUAUAGUUUUUAAUUUUUGUUGUCCAUUCCCUUGGAUGUUUUAGCUGUGCAAAAGUUGUGGGAAAUGGGUUGUGGGAUAAUAAGUGACAGCUGGGAGAAGAUUCAGUUCCUGUCACCCACCUACUCCUUUUGCUGUUAAAAUUGAGCACCAUUUGUUCAUAAGCUUGAGUGUUACCAUUUUCUGGGAAAAUAAAUCACACUGCCUGUGAAGCUCAAGCAUAUAAACAAACAGAGCUCAGUGUCCAUGACAUUCUAUAAGCUGCCUGGCAUGCAUACAACUGUUCAAACACUGGGUUAACAAAACUACCAAAAUUAGUUUUAUUUUGCCGUUUCUCCUCCUCCUCAUCUUAAUAAUAAUAAUAAUAAUAAUAAUAAGCCAUAUUAACAAAACCCAGUGGGAGUGGACUUCAAGAAAGGCCCUCAUUGGUCUCAGACUGAAUGGUCAAUGAAACCUACCAAAUUAUCCCAUUAAGAAAGCAGCUAUUUCUAUUUUACAGAGCUGAAUCUGAGGUUCCAGCCACUGUAAUAUAUUGCCUCCCACACAAGCAUACUUUUCCAUGUCAAUCAUGAAGUAAAUAAGCAUCUCGGAGAGUGCUGAGCUGUAUCAGAAAUACAGCCUGACUGGUUGCAUCUUCAGGAAUGUGCAAAACAAACCUUUAUUUCCAUCCAAAGAAGCCAGGAUAUGAAAGAUCAUUUACCCAUCCUGCUAUUUGCGUUCCCUACAGAAAUGUAGUCUUAAUGGAAAGAGCAUAGUUAAAAUUCGAGUCACUGUUCACAUCAUCUUCUCAAUGCUGUCAGGAACGAGGCAGUUCAGGCAGAAAAAAUAAGGGAUUCCAAUUUGCAAAGAUAUCAAAACAAAAUUAGCAUAAUGGCUUAAAAGACAUUAAUCACUAUUAUUUAUGAUUAGCGCCAAGUUCUGCCAAGAUGUUUGCACACACAAGUAAAAACAAAACAAAGCGGGAUAGGAACUUGCAUCAAGGAAUAAACAAUAUGAAAGGAACUUAUCCAGUAAAGAAGAAAGCAAGCUAAGUUUACAACACUGCACAGUGGAGACUGGACCCUUUUGAAAGGUUGGAGAGGCCCUCACCUGAAAUGUUGCCACAUCACUGCUAAACAGAUACAUACAAUGGAGGAACGAGAAAAAGCUAAGCUUGCAAACUGUUCUCUCCCUCCCUGAUAACUAGAUACAUAAACAUAUGCAUAACCCUGGAGGGAUAUCCUGGGGGGAAAUUAUGCAGUGAAAGAGUGCAUAAGAUCUCAGGUUCAGUUAUUUUAAUAUUUUAAAUCGGAGGUAUGAAGGACGAGGGUCUAGGAGACCUCUGCUUGAUAAACUUGAGUCUGUGUUGGAAAUAGUGAACUAGAGAGUACCGUAUUUUUCGCUCUAUAAGACGCACCAGACCACAAGACACACCUAGUUUUUGGAGGAGGAAAACAAGAAAAAAAUUAUUCUGAAUCUCAGAAGCCAGAGCAGCAAGAGGGAUCACUGCGCGGUGAAAGGAGCAAUCCCUCUUGCUGUUCUGGCUUCUGGGAUAGCUGCGCACCCUGCAUUCGCUCCAUAAGACGCACACACAUUUCCCCUUACUUUUUAGGAGGGAAAAAGUGAGUCUUAUAGAGCAAAAAAUACGGUAUAUCUAUCUAUCUAUCAUCUAUCUAUCUAUAUCUAUCUAUCAUCUAUCUAUCAUCUAUCUAUUAUCUAUCUAUCAUCUAUCUAUCUAUCUAUCUAUCUAUCUAUCUAUCUAUCUAUCUAUCAUCUAUCCAGUGCUUUUUUUCCUAAAAAAAGAUGUUUAGAGGUACUCUCAUUUUCCUACUCAUAUUGAAAUACUGCCCCUCAAUGAGGCCAAACUUAGAUUCACAAAAUAUUUAGGGGUAUGCGUACCCCUGCGUACCCCCCAGGAAAAGCACAGUAUCCAUCUAUCUACAUAUGCAGACACAGUAGAUGAGUCAUUUAAAAAAAACAAAAAAAAACCCCAUUCCAAACCAGACUCAGAGAAAUUGAAGAGUGAACUAUAACCAUUAAAAUAUAUGCUGGGGAGGGAAACGAAAGGAUUAAUGAAGGCCCACCUUUUAAAUCAUGUGAUUUACCCUGGCACUUACAUAACAAAAGAAAGGUCAAAGGCAGAUAUUUUGCCUUUUCAAAAUUCUACGUAGGAGAGAGAACACAUUUACCUUUUGUGCCACUUCACCUAGAGGCCAUUGCAGUGUCUUCAGCAGUGAAUAAAUUCCAUGAAUUAAUUAUCUUGCUCACCUUGUUGUCAAUCAAUUUCACUGAAAUACCUCAGAGAUUCUUGAUGAUUUUUUUAUAUAAAAUGACCUGACCCACACCUCUCUGGUUAAUCUGUAACACAGAAUUUUAGCCAUAUUUUGCAACAUUCCAAAUAUUCUCAGUGGUUUAAACAUAUCAAAAUAUUCAUUUACAUAUAAUAUGAAAUAAAUACAUAUUUUGAAAUGAUAAUUCACAGCUAAUUGCAUUUAAUUAAAAGACAUAUUUUGAGAUGAAUUUCAAAAUGGCAGAUUAACAUGGAAUCAUGGUGAAUGGAAUGAUUGGUAACAUGCAAAAGUAACAUGAUCUGAAACAGACAGAUUCAUGCUUCCUGAAGUGACCCCCUCACCAUGUAGAUAAUAUAUUAUAUAAAUCAAUAUCAUUUUCUUUCUUAAAUUGUCUUUUUCUAAUACACUAAACAAUCCUGAAUUCACAAGCCUUUCACUGAAGCAAAGCCUUCCAGUGCUCCCUGGAUCAUUUUUUGGGCAACAUUUUGAGGAAGUAUUUGUGCGAAACCUACUUAACCAUUAAGAAUGAAACUGAACAAAUAUUUUUAUGAAUAGGUGAGAAUCCCUAAAAUCAGUGCAUUCCAGCAGUUUGCUCUCCCCUUGCCCCCAUUAAUUCUGCAUCCUUGCAAAUUAAUUUAUACUUUGCUAGACUAAGUAAAGAUAGAGUGCUGCUGUGCAACUUCAGAUCUUGGUAAUAUUAAACACCUUAAGUGUUUUUUGCUUCUGGCAUAUAUUUUGGAGUAAGAUGGGUAGGAAUUGCCUAGAAAACACUCUUUGCACAUCUGUUUCACAUCUGUAUGAGCAUUCCCACACACCAUGCACUAGUCCCCAUUAAACUGGCUGUUUGCCCCUAAGUAUUGGCUUAUAUUUACUUAUAGAGAGUGGGACACAUAUACACCAUCCUCCAUUUCACAUUGGGACAUGAUUGGGGGCACCUGCUCAAAAAGAUCUAGAACUAUUUUAUGCAUCACUUCUGGUUUGAGGAGAUGAUUUCCUUUGAUUUCAGACCUUCUCGUUUCUUUUCUCUGCUGACAUUUGUUUUGUUUCAGUUCUCUCUGUGCCGAAUAUAAUACCACAUUAUUAGACACCCUAAGGAAUUUGAUCUUUUCCAGAUAUUAAAUUUUCAACUAACUGUCACAAAUGAUGAGAUUAAAAAGGAGGCACUUGCUUAAUUUCUGGAAAACACCAUUUCACAAGGGCCAUUAAAUAGUUAUCAGACACCACCACAGUUUUCACUGAACAUUUUGCCCUUUUUAAAAGAGGAAAGCUAAGCCAGGAAACUAAUUUAUAAAACCCAGAUAUAGGAGGGGUCUGAAGGACAUUUGGAAAAUCACCACUCCUAAAACAAAGUCAGCCCAGUCAAACCCCUCAAAUGUCAAUCUAUGCCAGGGUUGCACAACUUGAGAUGACCAAGGUGAACCCAAUCUACCAGCUAUGAAUAGUGACCAUCCCAGAUACAUGAUGACCUCCCCUUAUUUUUGCAGUCCUAGAAAUGCAACAAAAACAAGAAGCUGCAUUUUUGCUGCUGUUGGGACAACACUGCCAACCAGGGCAGAUGAGCCGUAUUCAGCUUGGUGAUCCAAAGGUAGCAGAAACCUGAUCUAUGCAAUCCAAGCCACGAUAUCCCAUAAGCAAAGAGCAGAUACUCUCCAGAAGAUGUCCAGAUAGCAAGAUGCUUCUGCUGAGUUUAUCCCUAUCAGGAGAAGGAGAAAAACAAGAAAUAAGGGGUCACUGGCAAAAUCUAUCCAAAUGGAAUUUUAAGAUGAUGGAAAGUGCAGCUUUAAAUCAUUUGGCAUGAUGUAUCUUACUGAUAAAGCCUCUUAGAUGAUUUUUUGGGGGCGGGGCAGAACACUUCCACUUCCAAAAGUCUAAGCCUGGAAUUCUUAACCUUUCCUGAAUUUCUUGACUAGCUGUUGCAAAAACAAUAAACAACAUAUCCCACGCACAAAAAGUAUACUAAUUUCUGCAUGAUUUCUGUUCGGUGAAUUUGAAGCAUGUUGUCCCAUAGGAAUUUCACUGACGUUUCAUUCUUGGGUUUCUCCCCUCCCAUUCAGGAGAGUAUGUUGUGAUGAUGACCCAUUUCCAUUUGAAGAGAAAGAUUGGUUACUUUGUCAUUCAGACAUACCUGCCCUGCAUUAUGACAGUGAUUCUAUCCCAGGUAUCCUUUUGGCUCAACAGAGAAUCUGUUCCAGCAAGAACUGUGUUUGGUAAGUGUCUUGUACACUGGUGACUGGUGCUCAGUUCGACUGGUAAGGGCAAAGUUAAAGGUAAAGGGACCCCUGACCAUUAGGUCCAGUUGUGGCCGGCUCUGGGGUUGUGGCGCUCAUCUCGCUUUAUUGGCUGAGGGAGCUGGCGUACAGCUUCCAGGUCAUGUGGCCAGCAUGACUAAGCCGCUUCUGGCAAACCAGAGCAGCACACGGAAACGCCGUUUACCUUCCCGCCGGAGCGGUACCUAUUUAUCUACUUGCACUUUGACAUGCUUUCGAACUGCUAGGUUGGCAGGAGCAGGGACUGAGCAACGGGAGCUCACCCCAUCACGGGGAUUCGAACCGCCGACCUUCUGAUUUGCAAGUCCUAGGCUCAGUGGUUUAUCCCACAGUGCCACCUGUGUUCCUACUUCCUGAUUAGUUAUUAGUAAAAGGCAUGCUGGCUGGGGGCUGGCUGAGGUUGGUGGGGCAGCUCUUCAAUUGCCCUAAUGGACCAGCCUGCUCUGGUCUUGUAAUAAGCAGAAUAAUUGAGAACAUUUUCCCCCAUCCAGUGUUUUAGCACCUCUUAUCUCCAGGCUUCUGUGGCAACAUCAUGGUGUUAGACAAUAGCAAGACAAGGACCACAGAAACCAAUAAAAUGCUGGACUGUGAAGUCUAUGGCUGUAUUGUGCAAUGCACAAAAUAUUGCAUGGACAAAGAGUGGGCCCCAUGCUUUCCAGGCACCAGCAACUCAUCCACUGAUGGGAUGCCUGCUGAAUGUAGGUAGGCCUUCUACAAUCCUGCGUGAUCAGGGUCCUAAGCACUUGAAAAUUUCUGUCUGUUCAACAGGCUUCCCUGUUGAACAGGCAAGCUCUGUAUGGCUGGGCAGUGUGGGAGUGGUGCCAACAGGGGAUGCUGCAGCAGGAGUAGGACUAGCAUGCACAGCAUUGCUCUUUGGGUUUGGUCCAUUACUGGUGAUGGGGCUUCCAUGAAGGAUUCUAUGAGACACUGUCAGUAGCUCCAGACACAAAGCCUCCUUUCUCAACUGGAUGCUCUCCAGAUGAGAAUUGUAUGCAAUUGUCUGCUGUAUGUGGGAAUGGCAGUGCAAAACACCAAGUUAAGGAAGGCUGCACAAAGCAAUUCAAUUCAUUCUGGGAGGUUAUAUAUAUUGCAUUUGACUAGGUUUUCCCUUCUAAAGCUUUAUGUUUAGCUAUCAUGGAAAAGGAAAACCUCCAAAUAUUUCAUAUGAAUGUAAACACACAGAAACAAACAGCAGAGUUUGAUUCAUUAUUCUGUGAGUGACCAGGGUGCUUAAAUUCCAUUUACUUCUCUGUGAUUUAGGCUCCAAUCCUGUGCACAUUUACAUGAGAGUAUAAGCAACUUAACGGGCCUGAGCAGACAUUCAUAGGAUUGUGCUGGACAGGACUACAGCCUUAAAGUCAGUUUUUUCUACACAAUUUGUUAUGCAGUUGGAGACAUUUCAGAAUAGGGAUGACUGAUAAUUGAAAGGUCAUAUUAUUUCCCCCCUCUGACAAUAAAUAAUGCAUCUGAAUAUGGAUAGUGCAAGAUAUUUCUGAUUGCUCUGUGUUUUGGCUAACACUUGACACAGUGGAAAUAUACUGCAGCAGAGAUUUAAUACAUGAAAUGUCUGCAGUUGUCAAGGUAACUGGUGAAUAUGUGAUUUAACGCAACGGUAAGCAAUGCAACAGAGAUACAGACCUCUCACUUUCAGUAAAAGCUCAGCAGCUAGUUAAAAUAAAAUUGCUCAGCGGCGGGUGAGCAACAUCACUACUCAAAAUGCAAAGUAUAUGAUCACAGUGGCAUUUCCCCUGUUAUUUAAUCAACAUUAGCAAUAUUUUUCUUAUUUCAUCAGCAUUAGUCUUUAAGCUUGUGGAGAACAGCUUGAAAAUGUUGCUGCAGCAUGCGAGAUAGGGCUCAGAAACAAGAAGACAAAUGGAAAGGACUAUUCAUUUCAUCUGAAAACCAUUAAGCUGGCUCGUCCAGUUGAGGCAUAGCCAUAACUGUAAUUUGCCUCAAAUGCCAAGAGGGAUGUGAUUCCAGUCAGGAUUGCCUCAAGAUGUUUUUGGUGCCUCAGGCAGAAAAAUCCAAAUGGCGUCCCCUAGUGGUAAACCAUCACAAUCAUCCAAUUAACUGACAUUUUGCCAGUUCAAUGGUACAGCAAGAGUCCUAUUCAGGAAUUAUAGUAAUCCAGGCCACAGGGAAAGGAGAGUGGGGACAAGUACGCUUCUCCACAUGAUGUAAAACCCUGAUUUUCCAGAUGUCAGCAUUGCACAGUGAGCCUGCAUGAGUAUAAGAGGCUCCCUCCUGUGAGGCACAAAAUUUGUGGAAGGUGAUCGGGGGCAGGGGGUGAGAGAGCAGCAGAGCUGGUGUGCCCAUCCCCACUCCCACUGUUUCUGCGUUCUGUUUUCAAAUUGUUUUAAAACCUAAAUAGGGUUACCUUCUGUCCUCUCGUGUGGACUUCCUCACCCUGUCCAGUAGUCAGGGACAAUCCUGAUAUGACUUGAUUUCUCCAGCUGCAACCUGAUGAUUUCCUAUCAUCAGUAUUUAUGGAAGAUAGACAGCAUGGGAACUGCCAUAAAUCAGGUGACUGCAUUGCAUUGCAGGUGAUUGGACUAGAUGACCCUUCGUGUCACUUCCAACUCUCUGUGAUUCUAUGUUACUGCAACAUCUAAUGCUGCAAUCCUGGGUUCAUUUGCCUGGAAGCAAGCACCAUUGCCCACAGUGGAAAUUUCUUUGAUGUAAACAUGCACAAGAUGGUGUGGUAUAUAUAAAAGUAGCUACCCUGCACAUGUUCAAUACUGUCCGUUUCAUUUAUGAAUCUUUUCCCAUAAAACAUCACAAAGCAAUUAACAAUAAAAACAGGCAUAAAACAAACUUCAAAUCCAAUAAAAAUAGAGAAUACUUGAAUGAAAAUAAUGCCUGUCACUCAGUAAGUUUUAUCUAUAGCUAGGAUGUGAGGUAUCUGAAACUCCUUCCACGUGUCAAGGAGAGCUUGGAUUUAGGAUUUGCCCACAGCAAUGCCUCCUACACACACACACACAAACAUACAAGCCCUUGGGCACUCUAAAGUAGCACUUUGGAUCUUGACUGAUCUGUUCCUACAUCUAUAUCUGGUCCAGACUUCUCCUUUGGCGGACUCAAGUUUUUUGAUCCAGGGAAGAGAUCCCCCAGGCAGAGUGGGAGAAACAACUUUUGCCAAUCCCUCCUCCCUUGGUGGCUGCCAGUGCCACUUCUCACAUGCAUCCAAAGGGUCCUCCAAACAUCUGGGACAGUGUGAGAGGUAGCAUUGAGUGCUAGAGGGGUAGAAGACAAAAGCCACACUCUGCAGCUCUGCUUGCUGGAGCACACCCCGAGUGGAACUCUGGUCAGGGGAUGCUCCUGCUGGUGAAUCAAAUGUUUGCAUUACAAAAAGGACCAUGGUAUUGCUAAACAAACCUGAAGACGUCUGUAACUAACUACAGUUGAGAGAGCCAGUGUGGUGUAGUGGUUAGGAGUGGUAGACUCGUAAUCUGGGGAACCGGGUUCGUGUCUCUGCUCCUCCACAUGCAGCUGCUGGGUGACCUUGGGCUAGUGACACUUCUCUGAAGUCUCUCAGCCCCACUCACCUCACAGAGUGUUUGUUGUGGGGGAGGAAGGGAAAGGAGAAUGUUAGCCCCUUUGAGACUCCUUCGGGUAGUGAUAAAGCGGGAUAUCAAAUCCAAACUCUUCUUCUCCUCCUCUUCUACAAUGGCAUAUACUCAAAGCAAUAUCGCAGUUGUGAGGUGGAUGGGAGUAGGCAACAGGGUGGCGAUUGGAUGAGUUCUGAAAUGUUCUUGCUUUGCUUUGCAGGAGUGACAACUGUGCUGACAAUGACCACCCUGAGCAUCAGUGCACGGAAUUCUCUCCCCAAGGUGGCUUAUGCCACUGCUAUGGAUUGGUUCAUAGCCGUGUGUUAUGCGUUUGUUUUCUCGGCACUGAUUGAAUUUGCAACAGUGAACUACUUUACAAAGAGAGGCUAUGCAUGGGAUGGCAAGAGUGUUGUUCCCGAAAAGGUAAUAAUAUACAUUGUCAUAUGACCCACUGUACGCGUUGCAUGGGAAACAUGAUCCUACAGAACCAAAGUGCUUGAACUUGAUAAUCUGUCCUAAACAUUCUCAUUCAAAUGUAAGCCCCUCAGAGUUCAAUUUGCUCUCUCUGCCCCUCCCCCUUGUAUUAGGACUGUUACAAGGAAUCCAGUAUCAUUAAUUCCUCCCAAAGAUGUUACAACUCAGAUGCUAGCAGUUCCCUUUCAACAUUAACAAGCAACUUCUUUAUAAAUUCAGCAGCCCAUUAAGAUUUUUUUUUUAAAAAGUUCAUAUCUGCAUUGAAAUAUGGAAUUUACUGCAGCUCCUUUUCAGAUUGCAGCUAAGAGCGAAUCACACAUACGCAUGUGAAUUGCUGAGCAAUUGCAUAUAUGUGUGAAACAGCUAACAUCAAUUCAGCACCUCAAAGACAGCUUGCAUAUCACCCUUGUUGCCAUGUCAAAAUAAGACUUUUCAGUUGAGAAAAUUUGGACAUUCAGCAGUGAGCCACCAAUGGAUGAUUCAUCAAAUCACAAGACAUCAAGAGAUGUAUAUGCACGUGCCAUCCAGACCCUUGAGUCUGAAAAUAAUAGCACUGGGGAAAAUUGCGAUGUUGGCAGAAGACUGCACGUUGCUGGAGGCUUUCUUGGAGACGAUGCCAAAAGGUUUUUUUAAAAAUAAGUAGGCAAGGGGUUGGAUAGAGACUGGACAGCAUUCACCUCUGUCCGUUUCACUGCUCUCUGCCUCUUUUCUCCUACAUGUGACAUCUCUAUGGUCUGUACAGGCCUUUCCAGGCUUCCAGUUCAAUUAAAUGAAUAGAACUAAUGGCAAACUAAUGGAUUUUUCAUUUGGAGCUCGUUCAUUUGGAUUUCCAUUCAUUUAAUUGAAAUGAAUGAAGAAAAUGGAGUUCUCUCAUCUAGAGUUCCGUUCUUUUCUAAAAUAAAUGUGUGUAGUUCUGCCACACAUCUCUGUGCUCAGGUGCACUUGGCAAACAUAGAAGUGACAGUUCCUCCAUUUCUAUACAUGGCUGCCAACCAGUUACUAGCCCUCUCAUAUGCAGUGCUGUAAUGUAAUGCACUGGGCUAGCAAAGAACUGUUAUGAGCUUUUACAGGCACUAAUAAUAAUAAUAAUAAUAAUAAUAAUAAUAAUUCAAUGCUUUUACUACAAAGUCUGCUGCUGCAGCUCAGAAGCUGCUGUGCAAAACAACAUGUAUAGAAUGGGAGAUUAGUGAACAAUAUAAUCUAGGUAGAAUUUCAAAUGGGGGGGCAUGCAUAAUAGGAAUUGUGCAAUCAUAGGAAUGUCUAUUCAAAAUAAAAUUCCACUAAAUUAAAUUGAUUUUCUCUCAGGGAAGUGUGUAAACAGUGGUAUCCCCUUCUUCUACAUCCUACUCUAUCAAAGAGCCUUUUCAUUUUUGUGGGAAAGGAUGCACCCAUGCUUACAAGACAAAUUUCUGUUAAAACAAACUUAUCUAUAUAAAACAACCUACAUAUAUACAUUCCCAUCAACACAUGUGUAUUUAAAGUUCCCCAUGACUUUUAAACAAAUAUCAGAAAAUUUUGCCCUUCCUAAAUGUGCACAUCUGCUUUUGUGCAUAAAUGGCCAGGAAAUGCAAUCUCAUGGUUUAUUUUUUUACAAUAUGGAAAUAGCCAUGUGGAAAACAAAAGGAAUGUUUUGCAUAUUCCUAAAGCAUACAUAUGUCUCAGAGCCGUCCAAGCAUUUGAAUGGAUGGUCGAAUGGAUGUAUUGGAUUAAAGUCUAUGUUUUCUCAUUCCUAGCCAAAGAAAGUAAAGGAUCCUCUGAUUAUGAAAAACAACUCGUUCACAGCACCAGCGACAGCAACUAGCUUCACCCCUAAUAUCGCAAGGGACCCUGGACUAGCUACCAUUGCUAAAAGCGCAACAAUAGAGCCAAAAGAAGUCAAAGCUGACGCAAAACCUCCAGAACCCAAGAAAACUUUUAACAGCGUCAGCAAAAUUGACCGACUAUCAAGAAUAGCAUUCCCAUUGCUUUUUGGGAUUUUUAAUUUAGUGUAUUGGGCUACCUAUUUAAAUAGAGAGCCCCAGCUUAAAGACCAAAACCCUCCUCCUCACUAA